AUGUAUCCCGAGGGUUCAAGACCAGCAACUCCGAUGUCGACAAGACAAGAUUUUCAACCCGAUGAGAACCAGGCUCCACUUUCGCCCGUGGAGGCGAAGUUCCCCGACUACUUUGAGAGACAGGAAGAUCUUGCGAACGUCGAUGACUUCAUCGACUAUGAAUACUUCGAAGAUGAAGGAGGCCAUGAAGACUCGUACCUCCCACUUAGGAAUGGACAAAGAUAUCAUACCUAUGAUCUUGACGAUUGUGGGACUCUAGAAGACUUUGAACAGUACAGACCAGGUGGGCACCAUCCUGUCGUCCUCGGAGAUUUCCUUGGAGAAGACAACCGAUUCCAAGUGUGGCACAAGAUGGGCCAGGGAGCAUAUGGGAUCGUUUGGCUCUGCCGCGAUUCAGCCAUGGGAAAGUUCUGCGCGGUCAAGAUCCUUCGAGACGACCUUUCCAAGCAUGCGGAAAAGCUGCCAGAGUUGAAACUCGGGGAGUUGCUUGGAGGUGUCUCCGCUGAAGAGGCCUGGGACAAUCACAUUGUCAUGCCUCUUGACACCUUCACUCAGCGUGGCCCAAAUGGAGAGCAUCUGUGCAUUACCAUGCCCUUGCUGGGCCCAUCCAUCACUGAGUCACGGACCUACAACUGGAACAAUCUCCCGGUCCUGAAAGACAUUUGCUUCCAGCUUGUGGGAGGCAUGGAUUUCAUGCACAGCCACGGACUGUGUCACGGGGACUUUCGAACCUCCAACAUCCUCUUCAAGACAACCCUAGGAGAUCUUACGGAGGACGAAAUGGGAAUAUACCUACCGGAACCACGGACCUACGAGAUAGUACUGGCCGGGGAAUAUGACAACAUUCCCAGAUGUGGCCCUCACGCUCCUGCAUAUGCCGUUGAGCCACUGUAUCUGACCCUGGAGGAUGAAUGCAUCACCAAAGAGAUCGCAAUAAUCGACUUCGGAGUUGCCUUCGAGGCCGAAAAGCCAACCAAACAGUCGGCAAUCCCGGACAAAUACGCUUCCCCGGAGUGCCAACGCGAGAUUGGUACACAGCCUAGUAUCGGUAGUGACCUCUGGGCCCUGGGCUGCACGAUCACGGAAGUACUGUGCGGUGUGACCCCUUUCGAAUUUGGAAGCGUUUUCAGCUUUAAGGAGCUGGAGGGUAAACUAGGCCCGAUGCCUGAGCCUCACAGGGCCAAAUUUGUCGAGCAUUGCAAGGGUGGAUACACAUCUUACCGCCUGCACAACACUUCAGACCCUAGCAUUCACUUGCUUUGGGACGCCGACAUGUUGGAACGGCGGAAGAAAGAGACACUCGAGGAAUAUGGAAUUGAGGAUAUGCUGCAUCAGACCCUCGGCCGUGCGGUGGUUCAGUUCCAUCCCGAUAAGUUCAAGGAGCCGGCGAAGACCAUAGACGAGGCAGUGCUUUCAUCCGCGGAUAGGUACAAAAAGCCCGUGGUGCCAGAGAUUGAGGGUACGGAGCCUGGCUCGAUCAAGCGGAGGCUUGAUCUCGCAGCAAUACCCGGAGCGGUAGACCUACUGAGACAAGUGCUCAGGUGGUUCCCAGAGGAUCGAGUCUCUGCCAACAAACUCCUCGAUCAUGAAUGGUUCGAGGGCCGCCGCCAACAGAAGAUUUCCGGCCCUGCACAAUCUGAUGGACCGACGUUUGAGGACAUCCUCAUGGAGGAUGUUCCCCUGCCAGUAGAACUCAGCGUCAAAAAAGAGGACCUCCCUCCGCCACCGCAACCAGCUGGUGGAGGCGCACUGGUGGGACCACAGACCUGGCGUCUGAAUGAUGUCGACUUGUUACAUGCUGGACCUUUCGUACCGAAAUCUAUUUGGGGUUUCUUCCAGAAGGCCUUGUGUGUGAAGCCACGGAAAUAA